AUGCUCCAUGUUGUAACGUCCACAGAGGACAAACAGAAGCUAUAGUGGAAUUAAAAUGUUCUCGAGGAGCGAGAGACUGCGAUAUUUAUUGAGUCUGGUCCCGGGGAAGAAACGCCUUGGGAUGUACAGAUUUCUACCCGUUUUCUUUUGCAUUGGAGGAGUCAUGGAGUGGAUCAUGAUCAAUGUGCGAAUGGGGAAAGAGACUUUCUAUGAUGUCUACAGACGAAAACAAUCAGAGCGACAGUACGCGAGGAGAAUAGAAGAGGAUUUGAAUGUUCCUGAGAAGUGAAUGGCCUCUGGUUGGACCUCACACGCUGAGGGGGUCUGUUCGGAACAAACUGCUUCUUGAAUCAAGGAGAGAACAUCAUUUCACACAUACAGUUUUAUUGUUGGUAUUGCCCUCAUUGUAACAUGUGUUUGAGGUGAUGAAGAACAUGGACAGUCACUACACAAUGAACUCUAUGGCUGAGUCAAGAAGGUUACACUUGUCUAAUGAAGACUGCAUGCAGACUACCGCCUCUCUGUACAACAGUAUAUGUUUAUAAUAUUAAAUUGUAAAUACUUGACAGUAAUGU